GUUCCUACAGCAACGACCCUAAGCAGCCAUAAUGGUGUUCCGCGGUAGACCCUCAAAGGCCUGUGAAAGAUGUAGAGCUCGGAGAUUGAAGUGCGAUCUUCAGACUCCAACUUGCAGCCAAUGCGUUAGGGCUAGUGUAGCUUGUUCGGGAUACCGCAAUACGCAGCAAUUACGCAUUCGGGACGAAAGCCUGGCCGUUGCGAAGAAAGUAUAUUCAUUGAAAAAUGCAUCCCCUCAGUUUCUCCCUCUAUCGAUAGACUUGCAAGCCCGGGACGCGUUCUUUGCCUACUACAUUACUUCCAAAUGUUGGAACUUCCUUAGGCCGUAUUCUCACCCGACGGACUCACCGGAACACCUGUCAUUGGCAAUCGAGGCCGUUAGCUUAGCGUAUCUAUGGCACCAGGUCAACUCAGACACUGCACUAGCGAACGCUCGAGAGAGAUAUGUUGCAGCAUUACGAAUGACCAACAAGAUCCUCCAAAUCCCUACAGAGGCCACUAAAGAGGCUACUUUACUGGCGUCACUUCUUCUCGAUCUCUUUGAAAAGAUCACCGAUAUCGAGCCUCGAAACAACAAGUCAUGGACAAGUCAUGUAAAUGGGGCCCUUUCUCUUGUCAAACUGCGAGGCCUGGAGCAGUUUCAAGACCCCUCUGACUUCGACAUUUUAUUGCGACUCAGCUCGAACUCCCUCAUGAGCUGUCUUUGUAGUGGUUCACCGGUAUCUGAUGAGUUGAUGGCGAUUCAAGCUCAUAUUGCCAAACACCUUGACACAAAAGACCCCAAGAUACGACUGUCGGAAGUGAUGGUUGAUUAUGCGAGAUUCCGAAACGAUGCUACACGAGGUGUGCUAUCCAAUGAGCAAUACAUCAGAGCGGCCACGGAGCUCGACGUACGGUUAUUAGCCUUAGACCUCGAAUUACCAGCAAGAUGGGACCGCACAACCACAUUUACGGACUGCACGUCAGAGAGAGUCUUUGGAUCUCAAUAUGAUACCUACUCCGACCCAAAAAUAUGCCUGGCGCGGAACCUAUUCCGAGUCAUGAGAAUUCUUGUCAUCAGCUCUCUCAUCGAGCACUGUCUGGCGACCCCUGAGCACUCACCACGGAUAGCAGUGGCCCAAGAAAACAUUGAGAUACUGGCUCGCGAGAUAUGUGCCAGCGUGCCGCCCUACGUCGACUGCAAUGGCGCAGCUCGACGAAGACCCUUGGCGUCGUUGGAUAUUCCAGUGCAUACCGGUCAUCUUCACACGCAUGACCACCUGAUUGACUGCUAUAUGCUCAUCUUUCCCCUCUAUGUCGCGGGGUUAUCCAAUGCAGUACCAGGUAUGAGGGCCUGGGUUAUCAAACAGUUACACCAUAUAAACAGCCACUUCUACAUCCGCAACGCUCAGAUGGUCGCUCAAAUCCUCGAAGGAGAAAAGUAUGUCAGUGCUUGGGAAGUGUAUGCUAUGCUUGGUAGCUACGCGUUUGUUGCUUGAAAAGAGUCGCCGUCGGAUGGAAGUGUGCACGCCUGUUCGCAACUGUCUAAAGUCCUUCAUCGCAUUGACGAAUUUCUAUAUAGGAUGUAAACUUCUGAAAGAUGCAUGUGAGCAACAUGUUUUAAUUCCUCGUAAUCAAGUUAUAACUAUUCAUGUAAAGAUAGUUGGAAGAAAUCCUUAACCUCAACUAUGGGGUACGUGACUCGGUGUUUUCACGUGACCAGGAGAGCUUGAAUCAUGUGCCCACGAGCG